AUGGCUUCCGAGAAGCUUCCCAUCACCUCCCUACCGGUUUGGGCGACUUUUAAUAAUGUCAGGCUCAGUAAUGUCAAGAUCGAGUCAAUCGACGGCAAGGGGCAAGGUCUCAUUGCGGAAACAGAGCUCUCAGCUCCGGAUGGGUCCGAGCCGCCCUUAUUACUGAGAGUCCCUCAUGAGGUGACCCUCUGUGAGGAUGUCAUUUCCGGCUACGCAAAGGCGGACAGGCGUUUCCAUGAGCUCCUUGAAGUUCUUGGGCCUCAGUCCACUCGGGUGAGGGCCUUGAUAUUCCUCCUCGCCCAGACCAUACACGCCGAGUUGAGGCAGGCAGAUAGCGGCGUAUCUACCCCGUGGACGGAGUACGUCCGGUAUCUUCCGGACGAUGUCUUCUUGCCUACCAUGUGGCGCGAUCACGAGCGUGCCCUGCUCCGGGAACCUCGCUUGAGUCGGCUGUAG